GUAAUCGUUGUAUUGGUUUAUACAUUUAGUAUAUGCAGACAAGUUCGUGCCUUCAAAGCGUUUGACAAUGGAUAACAAUAAAUACGGAAUGUUAAUUGAGAAAGCCAACGAAUCUGUUUCUGUUGAAGUCAGUCUCGAAUCGAAUUUAGUGAAAAUUGAACCACAAGCAGUUGAAACGUUUAGUAAGUCCGAUAGUGGUUUAACUAAUGAACAGAUAAAAAUUGAACGUGAUAAUGAAAUCGACCUUGUUUAUGAAGAUAUCAAAGCGGAGAUCAUGAAUGAGAAAAAUGUGACCGACGAUAUUCGAGGUGACGAAAUGGUUCAAGAUGUUAAGUUGCUGCAAGUUACUGAUUCGUACUCUAUGGAUUACCGCGAUGAUAUGGACAACGUUGAUGAACAGAUAAAAAUCGAACGUGAUAGUGAAAUAGACCUUGUCUACAAAGAUAUCAAAACAGAGAUCAAGGAUGAGGAUAGCGAUAUUCACAAUGACGACAUGAUUCAAGAUGUCAAGUUGCUGCAAAGUGAUGCCUUGAGAGUUCAUCAGCGGAGGCAUACUGAAGAACGUUCCUUUCAAUGCACAAUGUGUACAAAAUAUUUCACGCAACUUCAUGACUUGAAAGUUCACGAGAAAAGUCAUACCCGGAAAAAAUCAUUUCAGUGUAAAAACUGUUCAAAAUCUUUCAUUCGAAUUGGUCAUUUGGAAGAUCAUAAAAGAAUUCAUACUGGAGAAAAACCCUUUCAGUGUAAAGUAUGUUCGAAACUUUUCGCUAAUAAAGGUAGUUUGAAAGUUCACGAACGAAUUCAUACUGGAGAAAAACAGUUUCAGUGUAAAAUAUGUUUAAAAGCUUUCACACAAGGAAAGACAUUGAAAAAUCAUGAGCGAAGUCAUACUGCAGAAAAACCGUUUCAGUGUAAAGUAUGUUUGAAACUUUUCGCUUAUAGUGGUACUUUGAAACUUCACGAUCGAAUCCAUACGGGAGACAAACAGUUUCAGUGUAAAAUAUGUUUGAAAGCUUUCACGCAAAGUAGUACAUUGAAAUUUCACGAACGAAGUCAUACUGGAGAGAAACCAUUUCAAUGUAGCAUAUGUUCGAAGCUUUUUACUCAGAAAGGUACUUUGAAUGUUCACAGGCGAAGUCAUACAGGAGAAAAACCGUUUCAGUGUGGAAUAUGUUCGAAAUAUUUCGCUCAUAAUAGUGGUUUGAAAGUUCACGAAAGGAGGCAUACUGGAGAGAAACCAUUUCAAUGUAGAAUAUGUUCGAAACUCUUUGCCCAGAAAAAUAAUUUGAAGCUUCACGAACAAAGUCAUACAGGAGAAAAACCGUUUCAGUGUAAAGUAUGUUCGAAAUAUUUCACUCAUAUCAAUAGUUUGAAAGUUCACGAAAGGAGACAUACUGAAGAGAAACCAUUCGUAUAGACAGUCUGUUCAAAAUCGCGGAAUAGUACUUUGAAAAUUCACAAAAGGAGUCAUACUACCGUUGAAGUGAUUCAAAACCAGCUAGUUCAUUUUUUUUCAAUAAAUUACAUUCAUAAUAGUUU